AUGGCCAAUGCAAAGAGAAUUCUAUCGGGCAUAGCGACUGUCGCAUCGCUCUUUGGCAUUGUGGUUGCCAAUGAUCCGGUCCACGUGGAUGAUUUCUAUAAUAAUCCUGUCUCUGUCGCAUCUGCCGGCGCACCUCAAUGGAAUCUUCCAACUGGGAGUUGUCUUCCUGACGCCGCCAUAAUCAACGGCAAGUUGAACAACAAUUGCCACUCGCAGCCAAAUUGGAAUGGCGAGAACACGGAACUCUAUUCCUUCCCCACUUAUUGGGAUCUUCGGCGCUGCAGCACUACCGAGUUUCGCAUCGCUUAUAAUGUUUACUUCACGAAGGACACUGGCCACAGACAUGACAUAGAAUGGAUUGUGAUGGUAUGGAAAUCACACGAUGGUGGAAACACGUUUAUUCGUGAUUCUGUUGUUUUUGAACAAGACGGAUCUCAUCCAUCCAAGCCCUGGGACCAAAUUCAAAACACGUUUUAUGAUCAAGAGGAUUGGCUCUCCCUUGGCAACAAAAGCAAAAAUCACGCAAGGAUCUUUGUAGGGAAGUGGCACCAUUCGAUGCACGACGACCGCUACACUCAGUUCAAGAAUACCUGCCCGCCAAAUUCCGUGUCAGACUUCCGCACCGAUGACUUCUACUUCUGGUCUGCGCUUAACCUGACCCCCAUGGAUGUCAUCCCAACCAGCUGGAGUUACUCCCCAGCCGCAUUUGCUCGGGGCGAUGGAAUAUGUAACCUUUAG